UACCUAAGGGCAAAAUAAAGAGACCAUUUAACCUAGUCAGGUUGUUGGACUGUGGGAGGAAGCCAGAAUACCCGGAGAACAUGCAAACUCCUUGCAGAAAGACCCAGGCCGGGUGUCAAACCCAGAACCUUCUUGCUGGAAGGCAACGGUGCUACCAACUAUGACACAGUGCAGCCUGCUUGGGGAUCUGAUUUCUAUAACUAGAACUCUUUCAUACUGAUCCAGAAGGGAGGUCAGCUUUGCCCAACCUUCUUACAUAUCUCAACCACAAACAUCCAUUGUUUACCAGACUGAUGUUCAUUAGCAAAUCCAUGUCUGUGGUUUCCUUCACUGAAGAAAUACAAGUCGUGCAAAUGAGUAAAUGGAUUUCCCAAUUAAAUGCAUUUCCUUUUCUAGACACUUGAUACUACUCCGGCAUCUUAGAUUUGCACAUUCUGGUCUUAUUUUGUUUAAUACAUUUUGUUUUAGAGUCACAAUCAUGGAAAUGACGAUGAAAUGUCAGGUUCGGACAGGAUAACCUUGAGAUACCUCCAGCUGCAGUAGAGCGCUGCAACAUCGCCCUCUUUUGCUCCGGACUAAAAAUGACAUGUCUGCUUUUGUCAGCGACAACCAACCCAGUCUGACAGUCGCUGGUUCGCCUGUAGUAUUUGCCAGCGAGCCAGUCAGCCAGCCGCCUGAAUGUAGAUCCGCAUGGGCUGCUACCACUGUUCCAUCUCUCUAAAAAACCCGGCGGAAUCAUAAGAUACGGAUCCCAGGAUGGUGUUAGUGCAUGUAGGAUAUCUGGUUCUUCCCGUAUUCGGCUCAGUAAGAAACAGAGUAUGGAGGCUGGCUCUACAUUCUGCAUUUAUCAGAUCUUUGUCGUCCCCCCCCAUUGUGUAGCUAAUGAUCAUCUGCUGCUGUGUGGUGUGGCGUGGCCUCUGCCUGUUCUCUGCAUUUAGCUGUAUUGUGAAUCCCUUCUUCAUUUCCUCUUUCCAUCAGAAGACGACAUUGGUAUUAAAAGCACCCUUCCCAAGAUGUAUUCAGCCAUAGACUGUUUCAUGUUAAGCAGACUAAAACUAUCGCUAACACCUAGAACAGAGCACCUUGUUUUGUCUUUUUUUCUGUCAAAUUGCUGUAGCACUAAGCAUUUUAGUUCCUUUCUAGAUAUCAGUUGAAUGUCAUUGUGUACCUCCCAUCCAGUCUUGUUAGACAACAUGCUGUAAAUUCCUGUAAAGUGGAUACAUUUUGCAUGAUCUCAAGUACUGCACUUGCAUCAUUGAACACCAGAAUUUGGCUCAUCCUUCUCUUCACACAAGGUGCAAUGUACAUUAUCAAACCGACCUACUGAUUGACAAGAAACAAAGCAAAUAUGCUAAUUGGAAACAUGUGCAUGCAAUUUUUUUCCUGCUAUGUGACUUAAGGUACACUGCACCUGCACACAACAACCUACCAUAACUGUCUCCAUUUUUUGUGUAAUAUUUUUGUUCCCCUUUGCAAAAUUUCAAGCUUUGAAUCACACUGAAUCGUCAGGACCCACUGUGGGUGUAUUCAAUUAUUUAAAUAUGAAGUUGGAAAACAGGCUCACUGGUGGUUCAUCACUUUCCAAUUUACCCCACUAACAUAGAACCAAAAUGCUAUCCAUUUCACAGGGAUGCCUAUAUUUUCCUGCACUGCUAAAGAGAUCCUCUUAUUAGUAAUAACGUCUUUAUUGUUUGGUUGUGGUCUCUCUUUACCUUUUGUUCUGAUAAUAGUACUUUCAGUGCAUGGUCACAUUUAUGAUUCAUAAUUAUUUUUGUUAUUUUUUUUCCUACAUUGACUAGUAAAAAUCCAAUGUAAUCUUUCUGUAGUAAAGAUGUACCCUUGCUGUACUGAAAUCAUGUGCUGUAGCCAACACGUCUGCUCAUUGGAUGCUGCUUUUGUUCUUUUUUUAACCCUAUAUGGAGCAUGGUGGGCCUUGCCUUCAAUCUAUGUUGUUUAGUUUUGUUGCAUGGUUUGAUACUAUUAUUACAAACAAACAAUUAAAAAAAGAAAAAAAAAAUACACAAAUUUCACAUAUACUAAUAUUUUUCAAUAAAGAAUAUAGUGUUUAUCCUAACCUUCAGUGUGCUUCUUGCUGAUUUCCAUUUAUCCCUCCCCCCAUCCCCCCUUUGCCAUGUCCCUACCAGCCCCCCUCCCCUCCACCCCAUCCCCUCAACCACCUCCUCUCCUGCUAUGACAAAGAUAGACAAUUUCCACGCUUCCUCCAUCACAGGGCCUGAAUGAGUCUAUCUGCUGUCAUUCAUGGUGAUCGUUUUCACUGAGCCGCUUGAAAAUGCAGUGUGCUUUUUGCAGUCUAGACUCGACCCACGGCAGCGAGUUCAACCUCUUGUCUGCCUGGGCGUACUGAUAUACGACUAAGAAACAAAGAUGUACUUUCCAGAGGGCUACAUUGCUUAUGUUAUUUUAAACUCAAGCUGCAUUUUUUUUAAAGCUGGCUGUCAGUAAAUGCAAUGUAGACCUUGCCUGUUUCAUAUUAACUUUCUCAAAAACGUCUGUGUUUUCUAAAAGAAGAAACAUGUAAUUUCUAGUAAGUGCAAACUUUCAUUUUUCUUUGUUAAUAUCAAGAAAGAGGCAGUAUAUUUAAAUCCUGCUCCACUACGGGCAAACGGAAGCUGAAAUUAUCCUAAUCAAAGCUAAAAUUAUUGCUGCAAUUUGUACUGAUUCAAAAAUGGGUUUCUUUACUUUAGGCAGAGAAUUAAAACCUUAUUGUGUCUCAACAUAAGCUAGCCUGCAGACAGCAGUCUGUUCCCUGCAGCUGCCAAAUAGCUGUGGUGGGAGAGCUGGAAAAAGGCAUUUAAACUAUUUCCUCUUAACUCCUGAAUGGAAUAACAAUAUAGUCAUACUGGAAGUGUAACACAAAGAAGAUAGGACAGAUUCUAUUAAAGGACACUUGCAGUGUGGAAAAUCAGUAUUGAUCAUGUUAAUGUUUUUCAUGGUAAAAAUAUUUUAAAUUUAGUUACUGACAUGAAGUUUACACCAAAUGUCUAUAACAACCCACGUAAUCCAAAUUUUCAAAGAAAUCUAAAUAAACCAGCCCAUAUCUUAAGGUGAGCAUCAGGAACAGUGGCGGUUCUUGCACGAAUUGUGCCCUAGGCAAGCAUCACCUUCUGCUGCUCCCCAACCAAUAAGAAUGCAGGAAAUCUAUGUUCUGAGGUGGGAAAGCAGCUCAAGGCGCUACUGACAGAAGUUAUUUUUUAUCUAGUAUUUUUAUACCUCCUCUUUCUAAUGCUGCCUUGAGAAACUGCCCAUAUAGCCUAUAGUAAAAACUGCCACUGCCCAGGAAACAACUAUUGAACCUUAAUUUAUUGAAGGGUAUGACAGUAAUGACGUCUUCAAGACACCUCAGUUAUGUAAAUAAUAGUGACAUUCUUAGGGGGUGACAUUUCCCAUUUUUCCUCUGAAUUUCUUCAAAUCUUGAAUGUUCUUUUGGCUUUCGUGUACUCUCCAAUUGCAUGUCAUUUCUGUAAAUUUUCAAUUGGAGUCAAGUAAAAGCUGAACCUUGCUAUGUUAAUAUUGUUAAACAUGCCAAAGAUAUUACUUCCUCACUUUCCUCACCCCUCUUUCUCAUCUGUUAUGAUGUUUUCAGCACUCUGACCUUUAUCAUCUAUGUCAGAUUAGGGCAUUUACUGCAGUGUGACACAUCAUUCAACGCUAAAUAUAUUAUUGCAUACAGCCGGGAAUUCCUGACACUGGGUAUAAUGAUGAAGAAAUUGGAAUAUAUUGUGCUGCUCUAAUUCAAGCCAGGUAAUAGACUGGACUAUUGAAUGGCAGCUUUUUUUUUUUUUAGAAAGCCAUUUAUUGUUUUGAUGGCUGUGUAUCUACGAUUAUUUUGCUUAAAAAUCCACUCACAUUUUAUUUUCAGUUUCUUUUCAAGUAAGUAAAAAAUGUAUCUGUUCAUCCUUCCUUUAUUAAUGUGAAGUCUGCCAGUGCUACAUGCGAAAAAACAAACCAGACUAUGUUCUUUUAUUGACUUGCCCAAAUGUUCUGCAGCCAACUCUGAGCUUCAGCACGUUUUUCUUCAUCAGUGGAGUCUUGUGCAGUAAAUGUGUAUAGAAGCUAUUGUUAUUGAGGGCAUUACUAAUCGAUUUCAUGGAAAAACCGUUCCUGCUGAUUGCUCUUGUUCAACUCCUCUGAUUAUUCAUUUGACUUUGUAAGAUAACUUUUGAGUGCUUACUGGAACAUUCAGGAUUUUAGAAAUACCUCUGCAAUUAAUGCCAUGAGUAUUAUUUUAAACAUGAUUGCAAGAGUUUUGAGAAAGCUCUUUGUUUUUACCCUAGCUUUGGCCAUAGCUUGCUGAUAAGCGUUUUUAUUGGUCAUCAAUUAGGACUAAACCAGUGGUAUUAAUAUAUUAUCCAAUCAAUGGGAAGGACUGAGUGACAGAUUUUAGCUGUGAUGGCAUGUGGUGUUUCUGGACCCUGGUUUGUAAAUUUUUCAAUACUUAUUCGCUGUGUCAUUCCACUUUUUUUUAAUGCACAAUUUAUUUUAAGGACUAAUUUGUUUUAGCUUUUUAUGUGUGGAUUACUUGGGUUGUUACUAAAAUUUGGUGUGAGUUUCAUGUCAAUAGGCCAAUUAGAAAUAUAUUUCUUGAGGAAAAACAUCAUAUUUAAUAGUUAUUUUUCCUACUGUGCAUUUACAGCAGUCUUUACCUGGGUAAGUUUAGUAGAAAUAUUCUAAAAGGAUUACAGUGAGAUUGGCACAGAAAUACUUGAUUGUAUUUCCAGAGGGUCACAUUGAGACAGACAGGUAAUGAUGUUUUAUUGAGUUCGCUAACCUGAUGUCUGAUGCAGAAUUUAUGCAAACUGAAGACCUGACUUGUACACCAGUAGAGUUCGUCUCUUCCCCUCUCUGAAUCAGAAGGUCAGGAGUUGAUAACAAGAGCCGGCAGUAGAGUUAAAGAACGGCUCGCGUUUUCUGUGCAGGACCAAAAAUGGGUCGUCAUUUUCAUGGUACUUGUGGUAACCAUCAUUUUUCUGCCCACCCAGAAGUAUUUUUCACCCUAGGAUCCCAUUUUAAUCGGCAGCAGCAGCAACAGCAGCAGCACAGCCAUGCUACCUCUUGCAGGCACUUCCAGUUAGGUCCUCAGGCCCCGCUGCCCAUGGACUUCCCAAUGCCCCAUCCAGGGCAGCCGCAGUCAGGCAUAAACCCCCACCUGGCCCCUCCUGGCCACCAGCACGGUCCUCCGCUCCACCCACCUCUCAACCCUCUGCCCACUCCGCAAUUCCAGGAUAUCCCCGGCCCUCCUUUCCUACCUCAGGCAUUACACCAGCAAUACCUUCUCCAGCAGCAGAUCCUCGAGGCUCAGCACAGACACAUUCUGCCACCCUCCAGUAGACGCACCCCAGAGAGAGUCCCUCACCAGCCUCACAGACUGCGACCAGGCUAUGAGUUUGGUCCCCCUCUCCAUGUCCCCCCUCAGCCUGUGGUACAGCAGCCUCGCUACCUGGCUGAAGGCACAGACUGGGAUCUCAGUGUGGACGCUGGGCUGGCCCCUCACCAGUACCACAUCCACCCGCUGCCGCAGCACUAUCAGCACUACUUGACCUCCCCGAGGAUGCACCACUUCCCCAGAAACAAUGCCUCAACGCAAGUGGUCGUCCAUGAGAUCAGAAACUACCCAUAUCCCCAGUUGCACUUGCUGGCUCUGCAGAGUCUCAACCCCUCCCGGCACGCCUCUGCCGUCAGAGAGAGCUAUGAGGAGCUUUUGCAGCUGGAGGACAGACUGGGCAGCGUGAAUCGUGGAGCCAUCCAAACCACCAUUGAGAGAUUCACUUUCCCCCACAAGUACAAAAAGAGAAUACCGCAAGACCUGAAGAUGUGUCUGGAUGACGAGGAGCUGGACACAGAUGAAAAGUGCACCAUUUGUCUGUCGAUGCUGGAAGACGGAGAGGAUGUAAGGAGAUUACCCUGCAUGCACCUUUUUCACCAGGCCUGUGUGGAUCAGUGGCUAGCCACCAGCAGGAAAUGCCCCAUUUGCAGAGUGGACAUCGAGACCCAGCUGACGCCUGACAGUUGAUGGCUCCUGUCGACGCCUGCAGCUUUAGACGUGGUCUUGUUAUUUCUCCAUCGUCUCCCCCAGUCCCUGGGGAAGUCCUGCCAAACACCCUUCUUCCCUACUGCAUCACUCAAAGAGCCUGCCUUCUGAGACAGUCGUGACAGAGGGAUCAACAAAGCACACUCAACGUACAACACAACGAGAGACUGGGCGGUUGAUGCACAGGUGGCUGGACUGAACUGAAGGUCAGUUCAAGGGAGUUUGCUGGAUGUGAAGGGUAGGAGCAGAGACACGUAUGGACAGAUGUGCUGAGGCUUCACACAACUCUGUCAGAUCGUGUACUCCCACAUACAUUUCUUCAUACAGAUGCCGAGAGAGGAUGCUCUUGACUGCCAACUUCCCAAGCUCAGUGUGGUGUUUUAGGGCCAUUUCUCUGCCAGUAUAUCCAAGCCCUCUCUGCCCUCUCCCUUCUAGGCCUGUGAAAAAUCCUUUAAGCUGCACUCUGCCCAAGCCCUGACUCAGCACAUCUGUACAGAACAUUGUCAAAUGAUUAGCAUGAGGUUGUUUGGUGUGAACUCUUGUAGCUGAACGCUUGUGGUGUAAUGGAGUAUAGUACUGAAUAAGUAUUUACAGAGUAACAGUGUUGUGUAGCAAGCAAAAAGCCUUUUGGAGAAAUAUGUUUGUUAAAAAUAAUCCCGCAGAGAGCAUGAAUACGACUCUAUUGAGUAUUCAGCAACAAGAGAAAGAGCUAACAAAAACAAAAACAAACAAAAAAAGGCCAAAUAUCCCUCAUUCUUGUCUAACAUGGUUUUGGAUUAACAGUUAGUAGACGCCAUCAGAGUUGAUGCUGAACCCGCUAACUGCAGGCAUGGCUUUCAGUGAUGUGCAUAGUGUCGUAGCGGGGCCUCUAUAACCUAGAGCGGAGGCCUCGGAUGUGCAUGCUGUAUGGCAGGCUUGGGCUGCGUCGUUAAUAUUGUGGAGCAAGUAGAAACAGGAACUGUGUCUGUGCAUGUGAACCGUAUAUUCUGAUCAUUCAUAGAGGAGGACAAGAAUGCACCCAAUCGCCCCACACCCAUCCCUCACCCUGUUACUCAUCCUGAGUAGACCAUGCUUGCCUUUAGACGCUGAUCUCACACUAGCGUGGAAUUUCUCUCCUAAUCACCAUGGUUAGGAUUCAAAGAUCUGCCGAUGAAUCUGGGUCUAAUGGCAACUCCUCUCCAUAGCCUCCGUCGUGAAAAGGCAUGGGCCGGUAGAUUCUCACGGUAUAAUAAUAGUAAGGAAAAAUGUCAUGGUUUCUUGGUUUAAAAAACGUUUAAAACAAUCUAAUUGUUUUUAUUCAAGAACAUAAAUGCGACUACUAUUUCAACUGCUGCUAUUGUCACAUACUCCCAUAGUAUAAUUAUAAUAACUAAUAAUAUUUUUUUAUGAAAUUGAGCUAUUGUGAUGCACAUAUGCAUGUAAACACGGAGAGUGAGUGAACACACAUGUGUAGACAUUCACUCAUCUCCUGAAGUAGUCAAGAAUGUUCAGAUUCAAUUUAAAAACCGGGCCAGUACGCCAUUUAAAAGAUAUUAACAUAACUAAACAGCCAUAAUUUAAAAACCAGUGUAAAAUAUUUUACUCUUUGUUUGACUUGUCCAUAUUGUGCUUUCUGGCAUAAAUAGGAAGCUGUGCAGCAGACGUGUUGCGCCUCAUCUAAUAACGCCUGUCAACAGUUCCCUUUAAAACACUUUGGCCUCAUUUUGCUGAAGUGCAUCGAGACAGGACAAGUUACUGGACUCCAAAAAAAUCUAUUUGAUGAUGUUUGCAAACCCCAUAAAUUAUAGAAUGACUGGGAAUGUUACAUGUGCAGUUGGAACUAUUUCGUCACCAUUGGUUUCAUGGGAGCAUCAGUAAAUGUGUGUUUCACUGUGAAAUUAAACACAUUUACUGUGUACCUUUUAGUAGAACAGUUGCACUAAUAAAUGGCACUAGUGUAGCACAGCCAGCGUAUUUAUAGAAGAAUAUUAGUUUCCGAGGGUCUAACUGUGUGCAGUGAUAGAUUUAUUGACAAAAAGCGUUUGAAUUUUUAAUUCGUUUUAUUUUCAAUUUGAUCAUUUUUCCACAAAUAUUUACUGUAGUGCACUACAGUUGCUUUUUGCAUCUCUGCUACUUAAUUUCAGUACAUCUCACUGAUCCUUAAUAAAAGCUAACUUCCUGACUAAGUGACUGCAUCCGUACCAAAUGAGGUUGUUGUCAUGUCUGGGGUUUUCACUAAUUGGAUAAUUUCUUGAUGCAUCUCAACUCUUUGCUGCUCAUUUCAUAGACAAGCCUACUUUUUUAACCUGGAGAAAGGUUUAAGAGAAUUCCUACUCUAUGCUCAAACAUCGCCAUCCCUGGCAUCUCAGAGAAAUGGGUUCAAACCUCAGGUAUGGUACGAUAAACAUUUUUUGUUGUAUUGAAACCGUGACUUUUCAAAAAGCGUUAUAUACCGUAAAACCAGAAACCUUCCCAUGCCUGCUCAUGUCUUGAUGGCACUCACAAGAGGCUGAUGAUGCAGUGCCUGAGUCUUGCCAUUUGAGUAACAUUUCUAUUUCUUAUUACCAGAACCUUAUUGCCUAUCAAACAAGCACAUGUGAUUACUAUAUACAGGUAAAUCACCUCUGUUAUGUAUCAGCUCCUUGCAUUUCAAUCGUAGUUGCUCUGGCUGUUUGAAAACGUAUAAAGAAAAGACUGUGUGGUGUUACAGGGAAUAUCCGAACUAGUCUGCCUGUGAAUUGUGCUAGAAUGUGUACGAUUGUCCCCCACCAGCUCUCCCUCAUGGUGAUUGUGUAUGGUUUUGCUAGAACUGUGAGAUGUUCAGUGAUAGAAGCUGUUUCUCUGUAUCAUGCAUGAACCAUGUUGGCAUAUUUCACUUGAAGGAAGGUGAAGGGAGGAAAAAGCCAUCCAUUUGAAAAAUACCAAACAACUGUUGUUAACAUUAGUUUUAUUUUGUCUUUUUUCUUCCAUUUCUUUUCUUUUUUCUUUUAAUCGUAUGUUUUCUUGUUUUGUUUUUUGCUCACCUGCCAAUUGGGACAUGGUACUAAUAAUACACCAAAUCUUGUCCAUUUUAACCAUCAUGAAAAAGAAGCGGCAAUGCUGCAAAAACAUAUUUAUUGUCGUUCCAAUGUAGCUUGUGUUUUGUAAAUGCACUAUAAUAUGGCGUUGCCUGAUAUUUUGUUUUGGUGGUGUGGGUACUUCUCGUCUGAGGUUUUGUGUUCUCUUUUAGUUCCAAGUAUUUUCAUGCUUCCUUGUGUAAUAUUGGAAGGUAACUUGACUGUUUGUGUUGCAUUUUAAUUUUAUUUUAUUUACAUAUGUAACCUCCAUCCAAAAAAAAAAAAAGACAAACACAUGAAAAUGGAGGUUUUGCUAGUCCACAUAGAAUGCUGUGAUUAAAGAUGCCUUAAGUAUUUAACAAUCAUUAUUUAUUACUAACUGUAGCUAGCUAGCUAUUGUGGUGGAAUAUUUAAUGUCUCUGUCUCAUAACUUUGCAAUUUAAUCAAUAUAUUUAUUUAAAAUAACACAAAAUAUAAAUAAAAAAAAAUACCUCAUUAUGCAUUGGUUGGUGGGGAUGCUUGUGCAUGCCGUCUGUGUUUUCUUUUUCAAAGGACGAAAAUUAGAAAAGGUGAAUGAGGGACUAACCAGCAUGGUGCUGUUGAUCUAGAUUACAUUCCAUUUAUGUCAUUUAUUGAUUUUAUUGUUGAAUGUUUAAACAUCAGAUUUUUCUUUUCUUAUAUCACUCCUGCUUCCAUCCACCACAGAUGUCAGGGUACAACCCUGUUUGUCUUAGCUUGCUUUUGCUUUGCUCAUAAUAAUCUGUGAUACUUUAUUUGACCUUAUAAUGAUAACCGUCAUGAUAUCCCUCAUAUUGACAUGUUGUUUUAGUGCUUAUAAUUUAGAAACCGCAUCCGUUGGAUUAUCUGUUACUAUGUAUUGCUGGGAGAUGCUUCGUGUGGGAUUUCUGGGACUUAUCUUACAUGCUACCUUGAGCCAUUGAUCUUUUGAGCAAACUUCUGGUGUACUGUGGUUUUACAAUAUAGAUGUUUCACACCUUGGUAUGAUAAGCUAACUGCGUUUUUCGGUGUGCAUUUCUUAUUAAUACUCUACUAAUCUUGCAAAUUAUUCUAACAUGUAUUGGAUCGGAAUGAAGCUGACUGGUCUUACUAUUAUUUCAUUUCGUGCUCUCACUGGCCUUACCCCGUGCCCUCCACCGCGUACCCCGGUAACUCCAGACUGAACUGGACAGUAGCCAUAGUAUUAACUCAAGCUGAUGAACCGGAAUGAACAGUAGAACUCAAAGCACAAGCUUUUUAAUGCAUGUCCUUCUCAGGUUUUCCUAUGUGUAUGUGGGAGUAGCUCUGUAGACGUGUUUAUUAUGAUGCUGUACCUUCUUGAAUAUUUCAGAUGUUUCUUUGCUGCUGAUAAAAAUGUUGAUUUUUAACCUGCCAGUGAAAAAGGGAAGUGGCCAUCUUUGUACAACAUACUGCUGUUUUGCUGUAACCGCGCAAUGUUUUAUGAUCUUGAGUAUUUUAUAGAAAUGUAGAAGUAUGUAUCAAUAAUAUGAAAGCAAUAGCUAAAUCUUAAUGAAGAAUAACAUGAUCAGUGAAUAUUGUGGAAAAUCUUUAGAUUCACUCUGGGUGGAUUUUGUACUGUAUUUAUUACUAAUGAUGAUGCAAAAAGUUGCAUAGCUUAACCCAAACUGUUCUGUCUCUUUUUUAUUUAUUGUCUUGUAUAUGAUCUUUUUGUAUGUGUUUUUCAAAUAAACUGCCGAAAAUGCUGACAACUAAUCAAA